GCGGGGCGGCCCGCCAUGGCGAGCCCCGCACGCCCGCAGCCGGAGCCGGCGGCCCCGGGGGCGUGGGGCGGCGGAGCGGCGGGGGAACGGCUGCUGCUGCUGGAGCUGCGCUGCGCCCCGCCGCCGUCCCUCGGCUCGGGGGAGGAGGAGGAGGAGGCGGGGGAGGAGGCGGCCGCGGGGGAGGACUGUUGCCCCAAGUGCAAGAAGCGGGUGCAGUUCGCGGACUCGUUGGGGCUGAGCCUGGCCAGCGUGAAGCACUUCAGCGACGCCGAGGAGCCGCGAGUGCCGCCCGCCGCGCUCUGCCGCCUGCAGAGCUCGCCCGCAGAGCGGCGAGACCCGCCGGAGCCCGGCUCUGCCCCGGGGCAGCUCCGCCCGCCGCCCUCUCUGCGCCUGGAGCCCGAUUUCCCCGACGGCGGCGAACCGAGCGCCGAACGGCUGCGGCGGCAGCGCGUGUGCCUGGAGCGGAUGGAGCGGCCCGCGCUGCCCUCCGACGUGCGGGGCACGGUGCGGGCUCUGCGCGGCUCCGAGCCCGGCCAGGUGACGGUGCGCUACACCUUCAACGAGUGGCUCUCCUUCAUGGACGUCCCGGCCUCGCCGCUGCCCCCCGCCCCUGCAGACGGCUCCGAGCCGCCGGCCGAGCGCUUCUCGUUCGCCCUGUGCGUGCCGCCCAGCCUGCGGGAGGGCUCGGCCCUUCACUUCGCCAUCCGCUACCGAGGCGCUCAAGGCGAGCACUGGGACAACAACGACGGCCGCAACUACACGCUGCGCUGCCGCCGCGACCCCGAGGGCUGCCCGGAGGCGGCCGCCGUGUCCCGCGACUGAGCGGCAGCCGUGCGGCCGUCGGGGGAAGGUUGGGGCGGCGGCUGAAGUAGGAACGGGGCGAUGCGGGACGUUGAGACAACGAGGAGGCUGAGUGGGACCUCUGUGCCGCUCCCCGCCCUGCCCGAAGCCCAGAAGGACGUCCGAGGAACGGGUUCUGCUUAGCAUAGGCUGCUGGGGGCGCGGCCGGCAGGCUUGGAGCCGAGAGUAGUUAAAAAUACUGGCUGAUAGCGAGUUAUCAGGAGAGCUCCGCUAAUAACACCCCGCCGUCACGUGCUGUGAGCUGGAAGAUGGUGUCUGUCUCGCAGGCGGUGCGCUGUGGUUGUGUUGGGGAGCGCGAUGACUUGGACGGCCUUCUAACAGCACAGAGUGACAGUGUGAUAGGGAGGGUAUCUUGCUAAUGAACAAAAGCAAACGCUUCGCUUCAGCUCUCCUUAUGUCACGUUUUGCACCACGCUUUCAAGUGUUUUUAAUUUAUUCAGCUCAUUUUGCGACAUCUUUUCCAGUAUCCGUAUGUUGUUGGGUUUGGAUGCGUAACCCACAGCCUUUCACUCUUGUGUUGCGUUGCACUGCACGCCUCGAGGUUGGCCACUGCUGUGUCCCAAGUCCUGACAUUAGGCAGAAAAAAGUACUGAUGCAAAUGGCUUUGUCAGAAUAAAAAGCUUCCAAAAAAGCUCACUGACACAAACCUAUUCUUUCUGCAUCUUCUGGAAUAACGCACCCCAAACCUGCAGGUGAUGAUUAAAGCAGAACGUUUUGAUGCUUUGGCGAUAGGUAAAAUGCAUUAAUUUAUUAUGCAGUUCACUGUUUGUGAAGGAGGAAACCUGUAUUUUCAUACUGCAGGCUGUGGAGUCACAAGGCCGCAUCAUAAGUUACCAUAGGUAUAUAGGACAUGUAGGGAGCCUGCUUUGGCAGGGGGGUUGGACUCGAUGAUCUCUAGAGGUCCUUUCCAAUCCCUACAAUUCUGUGAUUCUGUGAUGUAUGCACCAAACGCUGGCAUCUUAGAACCAACAUGGCUCAGGGUUGGUGCUCACGGUCACAGCUUGAGAUUCAUCGCUCGUAACUUCAUUACCAAGGAAAUGUAUGCAAAUUGAAUUAGUUCUAACUAUAUAAAAUGAGAAAGUCCAGUAGAGUCAAAUGUUCAGUGGUACACACUUGUUGCUGGGUUGCCUUACUGUUGAUGUCAUAGUUUAUAGGGAUCGGGGGCAUGACUUUUGCAGAACGUGCUCAUAAACACGUUCCCCACCCCAACAUCAGAAAUAGAAAAGAACACAGAUUUGUUAGCACUCUUGGAUCAACUCCAGCUGUAGGGAUUUCCAGUUCAUGCAGAUUUCUUCUUUUUCCCGUGGACUAAGGGCAUAACGGAGAAAUAGAUGUAAAAGCUGUUUUUUAUAGGUGUAAAUAAACUAAAUAGUACAUAAUUGAACCUCUAUUUCGGGUUACUGUGAAGGACAUCAAAGUUAUAUCUUAAGUGGGUGGUUUUGUUUUGUUUUUGCAGUUUAUAACGAUGUUUGUAUUCAGACUGAUAGCAGAAAGGACUGAAGCUCAGUUUGCUUUGGUGCCCCGAAGCCUACAGACUUGCAUGCAGACUGCUUCUGUUCCGUUUGAAGCUUUCAGUCACAGCUUGAAAUCGUGUGGCGUCUGCUCCCAUCCACUUCCUGGGAUCUGGAUCCAUCCCAAGCACUGCACAAAGACAGGGGAAAUGAUUGAGGUUUAAUUGUCUGUUCCGAGACCUGUGUUACGUUGGCGCUGUGAUGAAUGUUCAUCUGCCAGAGCUCAAAACCUGCCAUCUAGGCCUGGCAGUAAUUAAAUCACCUUAAUUGUUUUUAUGAUUCUUUCUAAGAGAGGGAAAAUCGCUUGCCUUGCAUUAGCAUAUUUCCAAAGGCUGGUAUAAAUAUUUAUGCGGCGCGCUCUUUCAGUAGAAAGCCUGUGUGCAUUCAUCGCGGGUCUCCAUAGUUCUCUCCUUCUGAAUGUAGAACAGUGGUAUGAAUGCACUGCUUACAUCACUUCCUCACACCCCUUGUGAAGCUUCGGUAGUUAAUGGGCUUAAUGGUAAAAAAAAACAACACAGGAGAGUGGUUUAGAAAGAAGCAUCCCUUACAGUCCGCAUUAAUGAUGCUGUGUAACCUGUGGGAUCCUUUGGAGGUGAAACAGGUUUGAGAGGUCCUGAUUUUCUCCUCUUACAAUAGUAGAAAACACUGAGCGUUGGAGGAAUUACUGCUUUCUCUCUUUUCAGCUUCCAUUUAAGGGCUCACACACACACUUUCUGCAAUACUGAAAUAAGAGUAAAAACUCUAGGGAAAAAGAA